AUGAAUGAGUUUCGAAGUUGGAUUUCUGAUAAUGGAUUGAUAGAAGCUGAUGCACUUGGAAAGAAAUAUACUUGGACUAACUGUCAUAGUGGAGCUCAUAGAAUUGUCUCUAAACAUGAUAGAGCGAUUGUAAAUGAUGCUUGGUGUGAAAAAUAUGAUAAUUGGAGAUGCAAGGCUUUGCCAAGGAGGUUGCGGCAAGAUGGUGAUCCACCAUUUGUUUUCACUUCCAAAUUGAAGAGGUUACGAGAUGCUUUGAAAAUAUGGAACAUUACUGUAUAUGGUGAUGUUAAGUUCAGGUUGAAACAAGCUGAACUCAAGUUGGAACUGGAGAAUGAUCUUCUUGAUCAGAAUCCGAGAUGUGAAAUUCAAUUUCUUAAGGUUGCGGAUGCUAAGAAAUCUGCUGAGGAUGUUCGUAUGGAGCUGGCCUUAAUGCUCAAGCAGAAAUCUAGAGAACACUGGUUGGAGGAUGGUGAUCAAAACACUCAUUUUUUCACAACAGCAUCCGCAUGA